UUACAUGUCUAAUCCACAUUAUCUUUUCCUAAGCAUCUUGCAGGUCUCCCUAUCUCUAUCCCAAAUAAUUUUUUUAUUUCCUCUUCUGUGACUUUUGUUAAACAUGAUGAACUUAGAGAUAUGUGGUCCCGAACUCGCGACUUAUCACAAAUCCGUCCGCUUUCAUACAGAGCUAUAAAACAUUCCAGUGUCUUUCGUAAUUUAAUAAAGAAUUGAUUUUGUAAGUGGAUUAUGACCGCAGCCAACUUAGACGUGUUCAGUGCAGUGCAGACAUGGGUGACGGUGUGGCAAAGAAUGGUGCAUACAAAUAUAACGAUGGUACAAAAUAUAUCGGCGAUUGGAAUCGUAGAGGACUGAAACACGGCGCAGGUCUAUUAGUACUACCAGAUGGAACGCGAUACGAUGGAGCGUUUCAAAAUGGAUUAUGCUCCGGCUUGGGAGUUAUUGUAUUUUCCGACGGAGCAAAGUACGAGGGAGAAUUUAUGCAAGGAUGGUUUCACGGCCAUGGUGUUUUCUGGCGAGCCGACGGAAUGAAAUUUGAAGGAGAAUUUCGCGGGGGUCGUAUCUGGGGCUUAGGUUUAGUGACUUAUGCCGAUGGAUCGCAUGGAUUUCCGAGAAAUGAAGGUUUCUUUCAAGAUUGCAGAUUGAUAAGGCGACGACGUUGUCCUGACAUAGUGCAGAAGGCGCAAAAAAUUUCUAUGAUGGCACGUACUCAGUGCAAUUAAACGGAAAUAGAAUAAAUUGUAGAUGCAUAGCUACUAAAAAAGAACGUAUGUAGUUUUUAUUUGCUAGCUAAUAUUUUUCUGUCAUUGAUAUUAUUUUAAUAAUAAUAAAAAACUGCGUUAAUAUUUAGAAUUUUAUUAUUAAAUACUCUUCAUCUUAUUAUAUGCAUGUGUAUUUGAAGCUUGUGCAUUUAAUUAAAUCUUCUCUAUCCACGAG